AUGCCCGGAGCCCCAUUAUCGACGCUCAGCUCAGCGCUGCUGCCCGCCGACGCACCCGAUCACGACACCGACUGGCCGACGAUCUCUUCAGGACUUGCAGCACUGCGUCUGCGCGCGAACGCGGAGCUCACGGAGCUGACGGCGGCGCUGGAAUCGCUUGAGUCCCCUGCCGGUAUCUGUACACUUGGAGAGCAUGACGACGUUUUAGCGAUUUGCACCGAUCUCAAGGCAGUGCAACCCCGACUUUGCGCCAUCGAGCAACAUUUCCUACAGUUGAAGAGCAUCAUCCAGCCACGUGUUGACACGCUCGAGACGCUCCAGAGCCGAGCCACAUAUCUAAAGACGGCCGUGCAGAUCGAGGCAUUGAGCCAACAAGUUGAAGCCAACGCCGUUCACGGGACGCCGGAGGCGCUGGCGGAUUUCCAGCGCUUUGCCGAUCUUGUGGCGGCCGUUCCACUGGAGUUUCCCGCACUUCGAAGAAAAGCACUUUGUCGAGUGGACGAGCUGUCGCUGAGUCUUCGUCGUUUUGCUAUGGAUAAGCUCAAAAUGGCUUUGGACAUGAUCAAGUGGCCCGAACCAUUGGCGACUCCGGACGAGCUGAAGGACAAGGAAGCUGAGCUGCGAAACGUGUCGAAUACGUUUGCGUUCUUGUUGACGUUGCAAGUUGGUCAGGAGUCUACGUCGCCAACGACGACGGAUCUGUGGGCAAUGGAUUGUGUGCUGGAACCGCUGUUGCUGCGUUUUCGCUACCACUUUGAACGAAAUGAGAGUCUGACUAAUCAGUUGGCGAAGCCCGAGUGGUAUUUGAGCCACAUGCAGGAGCAAAUCGGAGUGCACACGCGGUUCCUGGCACAAGUGCUCACUCCAGAGCUGCAUCGCUACCGCACCGAAAUCCACUGCUGGGAUGCCCAGAUUCUGAUGUUGCGCGGACUCAUUCGAGCUGCCAGUCGAAAGCUUGCGCACGACUUGCCGACGCUGUUGACGCAUCCGCCACUUCUGUGCCAUACGUUGGACGAGGUCCUCCUCUUCGAAUACGCCAUCGACGAAGACAUUGGCUACGGUUCCUGGGCCAGCACAGAUCGUGGAGCAUAUCCGCGCUGUAUUGAUGUGUUCACGUCGCACAAUGGUGUGCUAUUCGCCUGGACAAAUGUCGAUGUUGAGUAUGCACAGCGUGUGCUUUCGUUGGUUUUUGAGGCCGAAUCCUCUGGUAGCGAGCUCGAGCUUGACGCCUGUCAUGGAAAACAAGAUUCGGUCUGGCGCUUGGAAGAGGAGGUGUACAGACGCGCGAAUGGUACCGUGUCUGAGCACGAGGAGACAAUGCUUGUUCCUCCAGUUGCGCAUCAGUUUGUGGCUUUACUCGAUUUUCUAUCCCAGCGAUUCACGCUCAUGGAGGCGGAAGAGCACCGUUGCUUGUACGUAAUGCAGGUGCACCUCCCGCUUUUGCAUCGAUUUGGACAGCUUUGUGAGGCUCGCGGAUGCCGAUUGAUGAGCGCCCUGACCCAGAAGACCACGGACGCGAACACCCUGUACAUAUGGGGGGAGCUGUUUGUAGUGGUUAACGCAUUGCAGUGCGUAAAGCACGCGUUGGCGGCAUGGGAGCAGAGCAAUGUGUUCCUGGAGCUUUCGAGGAAGGUCGCGCGGUCAGAAACAACGCGAGCUCAAGUGCUUCGAAUGCACGUAGCCUACUCGAAGCAGGUUUUUGCGCGCGCCACAGCCAGUGUUCUUGCUACUCAAGAAGCGACAGCAAUCUCGCAGCUCACAUCGGUGAUAACGAUGCUGCUGGACGGUGGCAAGGACAUACUACUGCACACAGCGGAGCGUGACUUGGAAAUGUACCGCGCAAGCUCUUUUUGGAAUGACACAGAGGGCGAUGGCGUAAACAAAGACCGUCUGUCCAGCACGCAAACUGUCUCUUCCGAGUUGGCGUGCUCUUACACGCUCAUCAGCAACGUGCUGUCCUGCGCGCGUAAGCUGCUUCUUCCCGAAUGCCGGUCCAUUCUGUGGGAGUCUCUAGCGUCGGCCCUAGAUUGUGCUUUGUUCGAUGCGUUCUACAAUCCUGUCUCGACGGUGGAGGUUACGCAACUGAGCAGUACAGGGAUGCGUCAGUUUACGGAGGACAUUGAGUCCCUCGUAGCCAUAUUUGCAGCAGGAUCGACGAAACCGCUGCCUCGGUCCUACUUCCGACUCACUCAGGCUGUAUGCAACCUUUUGAACAUGCCUGCAGCACGACGACGUGAUGUUUGCAAGGCUCUCGACGAUGCGUCGAUUGCGUUCGGAAGCGAAAGUGGAGAUGAUUUUGUACAGUACUCGACGAUUCUGGAGGCGUGCGGUAUUUUCUCGCUGUCGCCAGCUCAAGUUGUGUGGAUCUGCGCCUCGCGGCUGGACUAUUGUCGUCAAGAGAGACCGAGACAUGGAAACCAGCAAUGA